GCGUCUUUAAACAGCAGCAACAGUUCGUCAGCCAGCUCGGUAGCUUGCUAGACAAAAUAGGCGAACCAAUAAAGCUCUUUAAACGGUUUAGUGUAUAUUAGCCACAGUGUUUUAAACCCACUUAUGUCGUCUCGUUAGUUAUCCGAUUUAAUUUCAUAUUUACUGUGUUGUUAUUAGUCAGCUAGCGGGCUGGUUAAGUUAGCAUUAGCCUAGCUAGCUAACAUCUCCAACCAUGAGGUUACUAAGCUACCCUCCUUCUAAAGAGGAGGAAGAUAUCACAGUAAAACAAGAAGAAGAGGGUGAGGCCGUUACUGUGAAAGAAGAGGAAGAUGCGUUCAGAGUGAAAGAGGAGGAGGAUGUUACAGUAAAAGGAGAGGAGGAAGAGAAAGAGGGUCUGUGGCUGAACAUUGUCGUGAAAGAGGAGGAUGGAGAGAAGGAUGUUACAAUACAAAAACAAGUAGAGGGUGAGGCUGUUACAGUGAAAGAAGAGGGAGACGCGUUCAGAGUGAAAGAGGAGGAUGUUACAGUAAAAGGAGAGGAUGAAGCAGUUUAUGGAGUGAAGGAGGAGGGAGGGGAGAUGACUGUUACAUCGGAAGAGGAGGAGGAAACUGGAUAUCUGGGCCCGGUUUCCCAAACACAUCUUAAGGCAUCCAACAACGAAUUUAGCCAUAAGAUGGUUUUGAGAAACCGUUCCCUGAUUAACACUAGAGAGAGACGGGACUAUUGUGGAUCAUCUGGGGAGCCUCAACAACUUCAUGAUGCUGAUGAGGCAGAUAAGAGUCUCUCCAGAUCAGAACACCUCAAGAAACACCUGCAGAGAUCCACAGGGAAGAGAACUCACUGCUGCUCUGACUGUGGGAAGAGAUUCACCUCAUCAGGCAUUAAAAUUCAUCAGAGGAUCCACACUGGAGAGAAACCUUAUAGCUGUGGUCAAUGUGGGAAGAGAUUUACUACAUCUGGUUCUCUGACUCUACACCAGAGAAUACACACAGGAGAGAAACCUUAUAUCUGUGGUCAAUGUGGGAAGAGUUUUACCUCAUCUAGCAGUUUGACUCAACACCAGAGAAUACACACAGGAGAUAAACCUUAUAGCUGUGUUCAAUGUGGGAAGAGUUUUACUGAGUCUGGUGGUCUGACUAUACACCAGAGAACACACACAGGAGAGAAACCUUAUAGGUGUGAUCAAUGUGGGAAGAGUUUUGGUCAAUCUGGUCAUCUGACAGUGCACCAGAGAAUACACACAGGAGAGAACUCCUAUAACUGUGAUCAAUGUGGUAAGAGUUUUAUUACAUCUAGCAAUCUGACUCUACACCAGAGAACACACACAGGAGAGAAAUCUCAUAGCUGUUUAUUUAUUUAUUUUUAUUUCACCUUUAUUUAACCAGGUAGGCUAGUUGAGAACAAGUUCUCAUUUGCAACUGCGACCUGGCCAAGAUAAAGCAUAGCAGUGUGAACAGACAACACAGAGUUACACAUGGAGUAAGCAAUUAACAAGUCAAUAACACAGUAGAAAUAAAAUGGGCAGUCUAUAUACAAUGUGUGCAAAAGGCAUGAGGAGGUAGGCGAAUAAUACAGUUUUGCAGAUUAACACUGGGGUGAUAAAAGAUCAGAUGGUCAUGUACAGGUAGAGAUAUUGGUGUGCAAAAGAGCAGAAAAGUAAAUAAAUAAAUAAAUAAAAUUUAAAAAAAACAGUAUAAAAACAGUAUGGGGAUGAGGUAGGUGAAAAUGGGUGGGCUAUUUACCAAUAGACUAUGUACAGCUGCAGCGAUCGGUUAGCUGCUCGGAUAGCUGAUGUUUGAAGUUGGUGAGGGAGAUAAAAGUCUCCAACUUCAGCGAUUUUUGCAGUUCAUUCCAGUCACAGGCAGCAGAGUACUGGAACGAAAGGCGGCCAAAUGAGGUGUUGGCUUUAGGGAUGAUCAGUGAGAUACACCUGCUGGAGCGUGUGCUACGGAUGGGUGUUGCCAUCGUGACCAGU